AGCCAGCGACUUUGUUCUUCACUGUGUGAACCCCGUUCUGUUUCCGUUAUUGCAGCGAGCCAUUUUACUUCAGACGCCGAUCAUUACUUCUAGUAAUUUGAGUGGUGCUGUAUCGUGAAAGCAGACCUCGACAAAUAAAGCAACCUAUUUUUACGUAUAAUCAGUAUGGUAGGGACAAGGGUCUAUGUCGGUGGGCUUCCAUACGGCACCAGGGAAAGAGACCUUGAGAGAUUUUUCAGAGGCUACGGUCGAUUCCGUGAUGUCCUCAUCAAGAACGGUUACGGCUUUGUUGAGUUUGAUGACUAUAGGGAUGCAGAUGAUGCAGUCUAUGAGCUCAAUGGAAAGGAGCUUCUAGGAGAAAGAAUUACUGUAGAGAGGGCCAGGGGGACACCUAGGGGUAGUGACCAGUGGCGCUAUGGUGACUCCCGUGGUGGUUAUGGGGACUCGAGGCGAUCUGCCCGAGACGAUAUGCGGCACGACAGAGAUAGUGUGAACAGAAACACGAGGACUGCAUCUAGCUACAAGCAAUCAUUGCCCAGAUACGGACCACCAACACGCACCGAAUACCGGCUCACUGUGGAGAAUCUCUCGAGUCGCGUUAGCUGGCAGGAUUUGAAGGAUUAUAUGAGACAAGCUGGCGAAGUGACAUAUGCAGAUGCACACAAACAGCGCAGGAAUGAAGGGGUUGUAGAGUUUGCAACAUAUUCUGACUUGAAGAACGCCAUCGACAAAUUGGACGAUACAGAACUAAAUGGACGUAGAAUCAGACUUAUCGAAGAUAAAAGACGUGGUCGUCGCUCAAGAUCCUCGAGUUCGAGAUCAAGAUCACGGUCACGAUCUCGAUCUCGUCGCCGAUCCCGCUCCCGCUCAAGGUAUUAUCGUCGUUCUCGAUCCCGAUCAAGGAGUCGUCGCAGUUCUCGUAGUCGUAGCCGUCGCAGCAGCCGUUCCAAAUCAAGGGCACAUACUAAAUCAAAAUCAAAGUCCAAAUCCAAAUCUCCCGAACGUAGCCGCACCCGAUCUAAAUCCAAAUCAAGAGACCGCUCAAAGUCGAAAUCUAAGUCAAAGUCCAAAUCCAGAUCUCGUUCUAGGUCCAAGGCUGAGAGGUCAAAGUCCAGGUCGCAGUCCAAAUCCAAAGCCAAGUCUCCUUCGAACUCUUCUUCCAGAGAUAGAUCUAGUCGCGAAAGAUCAAGAGGCGACAGAUCAAGAUCUCGAUCAGGCAGCAAACAUAGCAAAAGCCGUAGCCGUUCUCGAUCACCAAUGAAUGGCGACAAAUCACCAGAAAGUAAUAAACAGAAAGCUGAUUAAAGAAAACGUGAAACAAGAAAAGGAGGAACUUUUAUUGUGAAAGAAAAAUAUCUGGAAAAAGGAGUUUUGUCCUCUUUUUGUUUUCUUUUUUGUCUACGAUUAAAUGCAUUCAAGAAGCCAAUUUUUCAUGCUUUUGUUUUUAAGAAAUCGUCGAUUUUUUUGGUGACAUUAUUACUACUACUUGUAAUUAAUAUAUAUAUCGUUUUAAAGAUAAAAUUUCUGAAACUUUGUAAAAUGUGGAACAGCGACACAAAAAGGAAUUAAUUAUAGUUAAUAUAUCGGCUUAAGUAUAAUUAAAUGAUUGUACAUGAUUUACUUAAUCAAACCAAACUGUACAUUGGUUACACAUAAUUUUAACUGUACACUUGUCAUCUUUGAAGAAACACCACACGCAUUUAGAGAAUUAAGAUUUCUUCAUACGUACCUUAAACGGAUUCUACACAUUUUUUGAUGUAUCGCCGUGUAUCAAGGAAUUCCCUGUAAUGGCUUUUUGUAUAUAUUCCUAACGAUCACAUUACUUCACAAGACAGCAACAAAUGUGAUGUGUAUUAAAAUUAGUGGUAAGAGGUAUCUUAUUUCAAUAAAAUUUCACGCUAUAUUUGUUUUUUCACUA